AUGAUUGUCAGUUGUGUCAUUUCAUUACUGACUAUUCUUACAUUCAUUUAUGGUUUAUUAUAUAUUCAAAGAAAAUGUAAAUAUAUUGAAUGGUCUAAUCAUCAUUAUUUCUGUAUAAAAUGUAAAUUAACAUUGAAUAGAACAACCUACAAUAAAAAUGAUAGAAGAUACAAUCAUAAGACAGUUGGAUACUUUGCAGCAAUGGACUUGUCAGGAGUUAUACAAAAUUCACUUAUUGAUGAUAAUCAUUUGAAUGUAAUUAAUAAUAAAGAAAUUAAUCGAUCACUUAAUCAGCCUAAUUUGAAUGAUCGCACAGUUCCUAUAAAUCUACAUGAUGAUUACGUAACAAGUAAUCCCAUUUUACAUGGGCAACAAUCAACUUUACAUGAGACAUUUUGUUGUGAAUAUAAAAGUAAGUGAUCACUGAAUAUUUCAAACAAUUGGUUCCUUUUAUGAAUUUAAAUAAAGCAAGAACAAAUAAUGGUGCAGAAUAGUAUGAAUUCAUAUUAUUUCGAGGUUUCUCGUCAGCCAAUAUAUUUAUGGGAAAUCUAGAACAAAAAAUGCUUAAGCA